CCGGAAGUAAGAUCAGUGCCUACAGGGUAGCAUCGGCUUGCUGUACCGGUGUGCCUGAACCCAAACUGUAACCUAGAGCUUGCUUCUAUACCUUCUUUUAAAACUCCCAAAUUAAUAUUUUUAAUUCUAUACGACUAUAUUUAGCUCCUUACAUAUUAUUUCUGAGGGUAACAAUAACUAGUAGCGAGAAAUUAGUUAACUCCGUUUGCUACGUUAGUUGGGUGCCUGGCCUUUCCCUUUCGUCACUUCCUACUUUUUGAAAAUCGCGGCCUCUAAAAACGAGCAGAGAUGGAGUUACAAGUGGGUACUGAACCGAUGAGUCUGGGCUCUCCCACCUCUCCCAAACCGGCAUCCGGGGCUCAGUUUCUGCCCGGUUUCCUGAUGGGUGACCUCCCUGCUCCAACCAGUCCACAGUCGCGUCCUUUCAGCCUUUCCACCCCGAUCGCUGAGAGCCCGAGCGCACAUCGAGGUGGAGCUGGAGGAGGUUCAGCUCUGCAGCCUGUUGUUCCCACUCCCAAAGAUAAAAGCGGAGCUCCGCCUGUUCGCAGCAUCCAUGAUGACCUGGUCACAGUGGGGACUCCUCUCAGUGCACUUAGACAGUCUUUUCCAGUUAUGCAGUCGCCCCUCUCUGCACGGCAGGCAUCGACCCCAGGUACAGGAACAGGUGUGCAGCAGCUGUGUUUGUCUCCAGCUCAGGUGGAUCCCUUCUACAGUCAGGGAGAGUCUCUGUCAUCUGAAGAUCAACUCGACCAGACCUGGGUCACCGUAUUCGGGUUUCCCCCGGCCUCGGCCUCCUACAUCCUGCUGCAGUUCGCUCAGUAUGGAAACAUCCUCAAGCACAAGAUGGCGUCUCCUGGCAACUGGAUGCACCUUCAGUAUCAGUCCCGACUUCAGGCCAGGAAAGCUUUGUCCAAGGAUGGAAAGGUGUUCGGCGAGUCCAUCAUGGUGGGAGUCAAGCCCUGUAUAGACAAGAGUGUGAUGGAAACCGGUGAUGUGGUCUCUCCUGCCCUCUCCACCUCCUUCUCCUCCUCCGCCCUUCCCUCCACCCCCCGCUCCGCCAUCAGGCCCCUCAGCGCCUCCUACCGGAGCUCCGGCAGCGACUACCAGGUGGUAGCUGACAGACAGACGCCCAGGAAGGACGACAGCUUCGUUUCCAAAGCGAUGGAGUACAUGUUCGGCUGGUGAAGCUCUCAACCCCCCCCCCCAGAACAGACAGGCAGAUAGAUGGAUGGAUUCACUACAGUGUUUAUAUGUGUCUGUGUGUGUGUGUGUGUGUGUGUGUGUGUGUGUGUGCGUGCGCGUCUGUUGAAAUUGAGAAUCAGUCUGUCCGCUUUUUAUAAUCUGUAUUUUUAAUGUCUUUGUCUCAAUAAAGUUUUUGUUUUAUUUAC